UCGGGAGUGUGCCAUGUGACUAGCUAACGUCGCUCCAUUUCAGACCAUCGCCUGAGGAUUAACAGAAGAACAGGAGGACGAAUGUUCAUGAAUGGACGUGGGAUAAUAAAGCUCAGAAUUUCUGCCAUUCAGAAGCAGAAGCGCUUUAAAGAGAAAUAAUUCCCAGGAUAAACAGAUACUCAGGAAACAGAGAAAAACUGCAGCAGGAAACUUCUAAUAAAGCUGAUGUUUCUACUCUGAACCUCAUAGAACCGCAGCCCUGAUCAUGAGAGAUGGAAAUCUCCAUGAUCUGGGAAUCAAAAUGAGAGAGAAGUUCAAACAUGUUCUAAAGAUAGCAGCAUGAAUGAGUCCUGUGUCCUGUGAGCCGCUCUGGGGAAUGUCCUUUGGACUCCUGACCAUGUGGCAAUCAUCAUCAUUCCAGCGAGGUUUUAUCAACUUUACACCUGCUGUAAAUAUUGAUCUGAUUUCCUCAUUCCACAGAGACACAGUGAGGGGAAGAGCCGGGAGCCGGAGUUCUCACAGUGGAAUACCAGGGCAGAGACCACGAGCUGGAGGUCUGUGAAGAGCUGGAGGUCUGUGAAGAGCUGGAGAAUCUGUUAACCACUAAGUUGCCCUUGGAUACUGUUCUCAUGGACACCGGCGUGUGAUUUUAGCGCUACUUUUCCAGAACGGAGAUCUUUCCCAUGGAGAACAUCACAGAACCAGGUGAUGGAGAAAACAUCAGUGAUGUUUCAGGAGCCACUGAUGUGGAACGAGUCCUGGUGCCCAUCCUGGACAGCAUCAUUCUGGUGAGCGGGUUGGUGGGACACGUGUUGGUCAUCAUCAUCAUCUCGCGAACUCUGAGAGCGGGACGUGGAACCAACGCUGGCAGAAUCCAACAAGCUAAUGCUAAUGGAACGGACAUUCUGCUGCUGAGUUUAAGCGUGGCAGAUAUUCUGCUCCUGUCCUGUGUCCCUUAUCACACCAUCGCCAUAGCAACCCGUCACUGGCCCUUCGGAAGCUUCAUGUGCAAGGCGGUCAGCGGCCUGGGAGCCAUGUGCAGCUCGGCUAGCGCCUUCACGCUCGCCGCUCUGGCCUUUAGCCGCUACAUCAUAGUGGUUUACCCGACUAAAGCGUUCCGCUGGCGCAGAAGUAGCCGAUUAAAAAUCCUGGCCGCAGUUCUGUGGGUUCCGGCGAUCGUCUUGGCGAUUCCUCAGUUCACAUGGAGGACGCUAAUCUCAGGCACAGAACUGCGUUCCACCAGGCAGGAUCUGAUAUGUUUCAACUUCCUGUCUGACUCGGGCCAGCUGGCGUACGGCAUUUGCCACUUUCUACUUGCCUUCCUUCUUCCACUGGUGGUCAUCACGCUAGCGUAUGGUAAGAUAUAUCAUUUCCUGCACAAAACCAGUCGGGACACCACCCAGACAGCCCGGUUGGAACGCUACCAGACGCAAGUGACCCAGACGUCGCUCCUGCUGGUUCUGGCAUUCGUCUUGUGCUGGCUGCCAUCCUACGGACUGAUGCUGGUGCAGCUCGGAUAUCAAUCCACGGUGACCGGGCCUCAGCCGAGAUUGGGACCAUUCGCUACCUUCGCUCGCGUCAUGGCCACUUUGUCGACCGUGAUGAACCCGAUCCUGUACGUCUUCAUGUCACAGAAAUUCAGAAAGGAACUGAAGGAACUCUUAAGGAAGUGCAGCUGCUAGAGCAAAACCUCCACACCGCAUUAGAGUGGUUAUUUUCUGUUUUGUGGAUUUUACACACUCCUCAGAAGCAGAACCCAGUGUUUAUAAGCUGCUUAGAACAAACUCGUCCUCCUGUUACUCAGAACCACAACGGCUUCAUUUAGAGAACAGUCUGAACUGGACACUUCACUCACCAAUGGACGGAUUCAUCCGCUGACUGGGUUUCAACUCAACUUGUUAUUUUGUAA